GAAGGCGCCGCGGACGACCCGGCCGGUGCCUUUUUUCCGUGGAACCUGAGGGAACGCUCACAGGUUUUGAUUUCCCACUGUAGAACCGGGCACUAAAUCCCUACAGGAAGUAAUAUGAAGUACUUUGCUUCAUAGCUGAAGGAUUUGUAAGAUGAAAGGUCCUCAAACAUGAAAUGAGAUCAGUGUAUCUAGGUCACCAUGGCGACUGGACAGAAGUUGAUGAGAGCUAUUAGAGUCUUUGAAUUUGGUGGACCAGAAGUGCUAAAACUCCAGUCGAAUGUUGCCAUACCAAUUCCGAAAGACCAUCAGGUUCUAAUUAAAGUCCAAGCAUGUGGUGUAAACCCAGUGGACACAUAUAUUCGCUCUGGUACUUACAGUAGAAAACCACUUCUUCCCUAUACUCCUGGCUUAGAUGUGGCUGGAAUAAUAGAAGCUGUCGGGGAGAGUGUAUCUGCUUUCAAGAAAGGUGACAGAGUUUUCACUACCAGCACAAUCUCUGGGGGCUACGCAGAGUACACUCUGGCAGCCGAUCACACUGUUUACCCACUGCCAGAAAAACUGGACUUUAAACAAGGAGCUGCCAUCGGGAUCCCGUAUUUUACUGCUUAUCGAGCUCUGCUUCACAGUGCCCGUGUGAAAGCUGGAGAAAGUGUUCUGGUUCAUGGGGCUAGUGGAGGGGUUGGAAUAGCAGCAUGCCAAAUUGCUAGAGCUUAUGGCUUAAAGGUUUUGGGCACAGCUGGUACUGAGGAAGGACAAAAGAUUGUUUUGCAAAAUGGAGCCCACGAAGUGUUUAAUCACAAAGAAGCUAAUUACAUUGAUAAAAUUAAGAAAUCUAUUGGUGAAAAAGGAGUUGAUGUGAUUAUUGAAAUGCUAGCGAAUGUAAAUCUUAGCAAUGAUUUGAAUCUUUUGUCACAUGGAGGACGAGUAAUAGUUGUUGGCAGCAGGGGUCCUAUUGAAAUAAACCCACGAGACACCAUGGCAAAGGAAUCUAGCAUAAUAGGAGUUGCUCUCUAUUCAUCCACCAAGGAGGAAUUUCAGCAGUUUGCAGCAGCCCUUCAAGCUGGAAUGGAAAUUGGUUGGUUGAGACCAGUAAUAGGUCCCCAGUAUCCACUGGAGAAGGUGGCCCAGGCUCAUGAAGAUAUCAUUCAUAGCAGUGGGGCUACUGGAAAAAUGAUUCUUCUCUUAAAAUGAUUAAUCCUUCCACAGAUUUCCUGCGUAAUUAAAGGUUUCUUACCUCAGUUUUACAUACAGUACAUUUGCUUUAAUUAGCAUUCAUUUGAUUCAGUGAGUUUCUUAUAUUAAAAAAAAAGAUUUAUCUUUAGCGAUCAUAGACAUUGGAGUGCAAUUUAUUUUCUAGCUGGCAGUAUUCUUUAUGCCUUCUGCCUCUCAUCAAGGAUUCAUCAUAGUAGGAAAUAGAAUAUUAGUGGUCACUUGGCAUUGGAGGGCAUUAUAGAAAUUCCUAACUGAUACUUGAUCAUUGAUUCCAUACCUUUGACUAAAACAUGCUAAUUCAAAGUAAGACUGCUUGAUUUCCAAGCCUACUUCUUUAUAAGAAACUUAUAGGGGCGUCCCUGGUGGUCCAGUGGUUGAGACUUCGCCUACCGGUGCCGGUGGUGUAGGUUUGUUCCCUGGUUGGGAAGCUAGGAUCCCACAUGUCUUGGGGCCAAAAAUACCAAAACAUAAAACAGAAACAAUAUUGUAACAAAUUCAAUAAAAACUUUAAAAAUGGUCCACAUCCAAAAAUCUUAAAAAAAAAACAACAAAAGAAGAACCUUAUAAAGGUUCUUUAGUCUCUGAUUAGCCCAGAAC